GUAUAAAUUUGAACGUUGAGCAAUGGAGUGCUCUUCCCAUACAACAAAAAAUAUCAACAUAUUUUCCUCUAUUUCGUUAUUAGAGUACCCAAAAAUUGAUGUGAAAUGUUUUAAAAUGAAUUUAAAGUCUGACUGAAACUCAAGGGUAAUAAUUUGUGUUUAUUAAAUGCAGCAGCUAGAGAUCCCAGUUAAUGAUAUAUGAAUUAUGACAUCAAGUAGGUUGGAUAGACUCUUUGUCUUAUUGGAGACCGGAAGCUCUGCAGUGACGAGAUCAGCAGCAGCUAAGCAACUGGGAGAGGUUCAAAAAUUACAUCCACAUGAGUUGAACACCCUUUUGUCCAGAAUUGGCACAUAUUUGAAGUCCAACUCCUGGGAAACAAGAAUAGCUGCUUCAGAGGCUGUUAGAGCCAUUGUAACUAAUGUUCCUCAGUGGGAUCCACACCCAAAUGAUGAUAUACCUGAUUCCGAACUUGGCCAGAAUCCAUCUACUGUGGGAAGACUCAGAUUCUCUCAGUUCAAUAUUCUCAAAGUAUUGGACAACAGUAAAUCACUCAUGGCAUCGGAGGGUACAGAAUUUGACAUAGAGGAAAAUAAAACAGGUGUCGAUAUGAAAGAGAAAUUAGCAAGACAAAGACAGAUGUUGAAUAAAAAGUUAGGUUUAACUGAUGCCGCAAAGAUCGGUAUAGAUGUUUCCGGUCUGUUCACUAAUGAAGAUUUAGUAAUAAAGAUGGAACCCUUGAAGAUGACUGACGAUAAAAAACCUCUACAAGAAUUCAUAAGUACUGUUAGCGAUAGCCUCAGUUGCCGUGAAAGGAAUAGAGCGAAAAGAAAAGCACGACAAGCCGUUACUAAACGAUCUCGAGAUGUGGUCGAAGAAAAUUCAGCGAAUGGAGAGGAAUCUGAAAAGAAAAAAAUCAAAGUGGAAACUACAGAGGAAACUAACGAGUGUCUUUCCGAAGCAGGAGAUUCUAUGGAUUGGCCUCUGGAAUGGUUUUGCGAUCAGUUGAGCCAGGAUUUGUUUAGUUCUAGUUGGGAGUCUAGACAUGGUGCUGCCACCGCUCUCAGGGAAAUAAUUGCAGUUCAUGGUAGAGGAGCUGGGAAAUCAAUGAACCUCACGUCCAAACAGAUGUUUGAAUCUCAUAAGAUAUGGCUGGAAGAUAUGGCGAUAAGACUACUUUGUGUGCUGGCAUUGGACCGAUUCGGUGAUUUUGUUUCUGAUGCUGUAGUCGCCCCUGUUAGAGAAACGUGUGCACAAACUCUUUCAGCAGUUCUCAAACUUAUGACAACUGACAGUUGUUUGGAAGCCCUACAGGUACUUUUACAACUUUUGGAUUACAAGGAAUGGGAGGCUAGACAUGGAGGAUUACUAGGAUUGAAGUACUUGUUAGCUGUGAAAGAAGAUAUCAUCAAUUUAUUACUGCCACAAUCUUUUCAAUAUAUUUUGAACGGAUUGUCGGACCCGGUCGAUGAUGUUGGGGCCGUGGCAGCUUCAUCUUUGAUUCCUGUUACUGGGAAACUAAUAGAAUUGGUUCCAGCGUCUGUGCCACAUGUAGUUGACAAACUGUGGGAUCUUCUUGCGGAGCAAGAUGAACUAGCAGCUGCUUGUAACAGUUUCAUGGGUUUAUUGGCGUCAAUUUUGAAUCAGCCCAAAGCUCAAGCACUACUACCACCACAAAAUCUGAGUAAUGUUGUUCCUCGAUUAUGGCCAUUUUUGAGUCACAGCACUUCGUCAGUUCGAAAAGCAACUCUCCAAACUCUAAACACAUUGACGGAGGUGGUACCAUCAGAAGGCACAAUCAUACCUUGGGAUGCUCUUCUGCUUCAGGAAGCAUUACGUCAUGUGUUUCAAAGAGUUGUAGUAGAACCACUGUCAGAUGUUAGAGAAGUAGCAGAAAAAGUUUGGAUGAAUCUCGUGAAGAAUUCUGGCUUAGUAGAACUGUUACAUGCUGCCUGCCCUUUUAUAACAGUAUGGCUAGUUUUGAGUAUGCAGGUUACCAAAUUUCCAAUCGAUAGUGCACUGUUAAUAUUUGCAACGACUCAUAAAAAGAAGAGUCAUAUCGAGGGAAUGCAUGCAUAUGACAGUAAUGUAGUGGUGCCAAAAUGGUACAUAGGCGGCUGUGAAACAACUCCGUUACAAAUCCGCGAAAAAAAUGCCGUAGAAGUUAGAUGUAUGCUAACAAGGAUGUUAGGUUUAUUAUCCUGUUACAUUAUACAAGAAGCCCCAGGUGUGGACUACAGCCAAGGUAUUGAAAAACCAGUAGAAUCUUACGAGAGGAUUUUACUUUCGCAUUUGAAUUCCAAAUCUGCCAUGCAGAGAAUGGUAGCCAGCAUGGUAAUCUCAGAGUGGGCCAGACAAUCUCUGAAUCUUGCCUGUCCGCCAAUGCUCAAAGAAAGGCUUCAGGUCUGUUUAACAGAAUGUAUUUAUUUCGAUGAAAUAGCCCUCAAUUUCACCAAAUUGGUGCAAGAGACUAAAGACUUCAUAGCAACUUUGAAGCAUUACAAAGUUCCUGUAAACAGUGAUAAUGAAUCAGUGCUAACGUUGAACAACAUUCAACAAUUGACUGGCUCUACCAUGCAAGAACUUCUAGUCAAAUUCAAAUUAAAGAAUAAAGUUCACGAUAAUUUGGAGGAAAGGCGACUGAAUAUCCAGGGAAGUGUUCUUCAGAUCAGUAAUGAGCAGUUGACUCUUAACAUCAGUACUUUGGCUGCAGUAUCUGGGGCAGUAGUUAUGUUCAAUGCCCUUCCAGAUAAAUUAACUCCAGUUGUAAAACCAUUAAUGGAAGCUAUUCGACGCGAGGACAACGAGAGUCUUCAAAAAUUAGCUUCUGCAAACUUAGCAAUACUCAUAGAUCAGUGCAGGAACAGGGUACCGUGUCCUACUGAUAAAAUUUUAGUCAAUUUAUGUGCGUUCCUGAAGUGUGAUCCUGAAUUCACCCCAUGUAUUUAUAAGGCUGAAUCUCCCAACAGUUCCUCAGCCAGGCAAAAUAAUUACAGUGGUAUUUUGACUUUGCUGAAGCACCAGAAAAAUGCUGAGAAGAUCGCUUUUCGUAGACAGAAUAGUAUGACAAGAGGACCAGGAAGACCCCCAGUGACUGAAGUACCCAUGGAGGAAUUAUUCAAAGAGGAAGAUGAAGUGCAAAAAGUGAAUCUCACACAAAGACGGGGUGCCACUCACGCUUUGACUGCCAUUACUUGUCAUUUUGGGAAAGAUUUACCCAAUAAACUGCCUAAAUUUUGGGAAUUAAUCAUUGGCGAUCUCGAGGAAACUAUCGAUUUGUCGUUUGAUCCCAAGUUAGUCUACGAAGAGGAUGAAGAAGCAGAAAAGCUAGUCGGAACUCUUCAGAUACUGGAAGUGACAACUCCAAGUAUUCACCCCGAGCUACUUCCUGACCUUAUGUCGAAAAGUUUAGAAAGACUAUGUUUACUCUUGUCUCACCCUUAUAGGGCCGUGAGACAUUUAGCCUCCAGGUGUUUGGCAAUAUUUGCACAGUUGGACUCUGUACGGGUAAUGGAAAUAAUUAUCGAAAAAGUGUUGCCGAAAAUGGAAUCCAUGGAUUGUGACAUUGAAAGGCAGGGGGCGGUAGAGGCCAUUGCAUGUAUUGUUGAAACCUUACAGUACAAUAUAAUACCAUAUGUGGUACUGCUAAUAGUCCCUCUUCUUGGAAGAAUGUCCGAUCAAAAUAAGUCUGUUAGGUUGAUGGGAACCAGCAGCUUUGCCACUCUUGUUCAGUUGAUGCCACUUGAUGGAGGUGUUCCAGAACCACCAGCUUUUGCGAAAAGUUCUUUGAGAGAGAGACGAAUGAGAGAGAGGGAAUUUUUAGAACAACUCCUAACACCGUCUUGCAUUCCCGAUUAUAAAAUUCCAGUUCCCAUAGCAGCAGAACUGAGAAGCUACCAACAAGCUGGCGUUAACUGGCUCGGAUUCUUGAAUAAGUAUAAACUACAUGGCAUCCUCUGCGAUGAUAUGGGUCUUGGCAAAACGUUGCAAAGUAUCUGCAUUUUGGCAAGUGAUCACUUCUAUAGAGAAGAAAAAUAUCACAAGACGAAAUCUCCUGAUUGUGCUCCCCUUCCAUCAUUAGUGAUUUGUCCACCAACUUUAACUGGUCAUUGGGUUUACGAGGUAGAGAAGUUCCUUUCAAAGAAAUACCUGAAACCUCUCCAGUAUAAUGGAACACCCACAGAAAGGGAAAAAUUACGAAUAAAAUUCAAAAGAUACAAUUUAAUCGUAGCUUCAUACGAUAUAGUAAGAAAAGAUAUAAACUUCUUCAGCAGUAUUAAAUGGAACUAUGUUAUUUUGGACGAAGGUCACAUAAUCAAGAAUGGGAAGACGAGAACCAGUGUUGCUAUCAAAGCUUUGAUCGCAAAUCACAGGUUGAUAUUGAGCGGCACACCAAUUCAAAACAAUGUUUUGGAGUUGUGGAGUCUUUUUGACUUUUUGAUGCCCGGAUUUUUGGGUACUGAAAAACAGUUUACAGCUAGGUAUUCCAGGCCGAUCUUAGCAAGUAACGACCCGAAAUGUUCCCCCAAGGAUCAAGAGGCUGGAGUGCUCGCAAUGGAAGCUCUCCAUAGACAAGUUUUGCCCUUCUUGCUGAGAAGAAUGAAAGAAGAUGUUCUUGAUGAUUUACCUCCAAAGAUCACACAAGACUAUUACUGCGAACUGAGUCCUUUACAGGAGCAGUUGUAUGAAGAUUUUGCAAAAUCACAAGCUCACCAGACUCUUCAGGAUUCUAUAAGUUCUGGUUCCACUGCAGCUUCCUUACAAGGCAAUACUCACAUAUUCCAAGCAUUGAGAUAUCUCCAAAAUGUUUGUAACCACCCCAAGCUCGUUCUGAAUCAGAGCCAUCCUCAAUACCAAAAUAUUUUGGCCAAAUUGCAGCAGAAUCAAUCUGAACUAAAUGACAUCAAUCACUCUGCAAAACUACCUGCGUUAAAACAACUUCUGCAAGACUGUGGUAUAGGUUCCUCAGAAUCACCAACUUCAACAGAGCUAGUCAUAAACCAACAUAGAGCUUUAAUUUUCUGUCAGUUAAAAGCUAUGCUGGAUAUCAUAGAGAAUGACUUAUUUAAGAAACACAUGCCGGGUGUCACAUAUCUACGCUUGGAUGGAUCUAUCGCUCCAAGUGUAAGGCAUUCUGUUGUUCAAAGAUUCAACAAUGAUCCAUCUAUUGAUGUUCUUCUCUUAACAACACAAGUUGGAGGAUUGGGAUUGAAUUUAACUGGUGCAGACACUGUAAUAUUUGUGGAGCAUGACUGGAACCCCAUGAAAGAUCUGCAAGCUAUGGAUCGUGCUCACAGAAUUGGACAAAGAAAAGUGGUGAAUGUCUAUAGGCUGAUAACAAGAAUGACAUUGGAGGAGAAAAUUAUGGGCUUGCAGAAAUUCAAAGUACAAACAGCUAAUACGAUUAUCAGCGGGGAAAACAGCAAAUUAGAAACAAUGGGUACAGAGCAACUUCUUGAUCUUUUCUCGCAUAAACCUUCUAAUAACAGUGGAAUAUCGAAUAAUUCUGGUUCGAGCUCUGGAGGUAUGAAAGCAAUUCUGGAGAAUCUACCCGACUUAUGGGAUCAUAAGCAAUAUGAUGAUGAAUAUGACAUAUCACAGUUCAUGGCAAAAUUGAAAUAAGAAAGGCACCACAAAGAGGUCAGUAGGCCAUGGUCAUCCAAAAUAGUUCAGAUAUUGACCUAAUUCGGAAGUUCACAACUCGAUCCCAGUGACCCAGUUUCAUGGAAGUUCAUUGCCUCCCUGAAAUAAAUCACGUAGCAUGCUCCACUUUUUAAUGGCCUACAUUCAGACUUUAGGUGUUGAGCUGAAUUUCAAGAAUUCAUACAUUUUAUUCAAUAUCUAAUUAAAGAUAAGAAUUUUUUAAGAAUUCGUCUCAUUGUAUCUAUCAUCACAGAUGUUGAAUCAUACCCUUGUAUCAUUUAAUUUAUUCAAUAAAAUGUUAAUUAGA